AUGGAAAAGCCCAUAGAUUAAAAUAAUUAAUUAGUAAUUAUAGAAGAAAAGAUCUAACGUCCAAAUAACGAGACAAAAACAAAGAAAUAUCUAAGAGGCUAAAUGUUAGGAAAAGGUGGUUUUGCGAAAUGCUAUGAAGUAACCGAUUUAGAAUCCAAGCGAAUCCAAGCAGCAAAAAUAAUCCCGAAAGAGACGUUAUAAAAAACUCGUGCUCGUUAAAAAUUAAUAUCCGAAAUUAAAAUUCAUAAAAGCCUCUAACACCUUCAUGUAGUCCAAUUCGAACAUGUAUUUGAAGAUUAUGAAAAUGUUUAUAUAUUAUUAGAAUUAUGUACAAAUAAUACUUUAAAUGAACUAAUUAAAAGACGUAAAAGAUUAACUGAACUCGAAGUUUAAUGUUAUCUUCUUCAAAUAAUAAACGGUCUUAAAUAUUUACAUUAAAAUAAAGUCAUUCAUAGAGACCUUAAACUCGGGAAUCUCUUUAUAAACGACAAAAUGGAAAUCAAACUUGGAGAUUUCGGUCUUGCUACUAAACUAGAAUUUGACGGCGAGAAAAAAAAUACAAUCUGCGGCACACCAAACUAUAUAGCUCCUGAAAUUCUUGAAGGAAAAACCGGUCAUUCAUAUCAAGUAGAUAUAUGGUCCCUAGGAGUUAUAAUAUAUACAUUAAUAAUCGGGAAGCCUCCCUAUGAAACCCCUGAUGUUAAAGCUACAUAUAAAAAAAUUCGACAAAAUUCUUAUUCAUUUCCUGAAAACAUUCCCAUAUCAGAUGAUGCUAAAAAUUUAAUAGUGAAAAUCUUAAAUCUAGAACCUUUAAAAAGACCUACUUUAGAUGAAAUUCUCCUCCAUCCAUUUAUGAAUAAUAACGGAACUAUUCCUAAAACACUUCCUGUAGUUACUUUAAAUUGUCCCCCUUCUAUUUAAUAUACUAAGCAAUUUUUGCCUUAAGGAAAUGCUUUAAAAGUUAAUUAAUAGCCUGUUAGAUUAAUCGAAAGUUCCAAUAAUAAUAGAUUGAAAACUUAAAGUACCACCUAAAUAAAUAAACCUUCAAUUAAUACUUGCAGUGAUUAAAUUUGGGGACUUUCCACAAAUGGAUAGUAGAGUUAAAAAAAUAUUCCAACAAAUAGUGAAUUCAAACCUUUUUCUACUUAAGGUUGUGAAUUUAAGAAAAAUAGCAUGACAAAAUCCACUAAUAUGAAUAAUUAUGCAUGUUUAUAAAGCACAAACAACUUCUUAUCUACCAAAAAUGGGAUAGGAAGUAAUUAAAAAAUCCCUAAUAAUGAAAAUAUACAAGAACAAUAAGUUUGGGUAAUCUAGUGGGUUGAUUAUUCUGCUAAAUAUGGGCUCGGAUAUAUACUAUCUAAUGGACAUAGUGGUGUAUUUUUUAAUGAUUCUACUAAAAUAAUACUUGAUCCAAGCUCUAACCAAAUUGAAUAUAUGGAAAGAAAAUACGAAAGUGAAAAAUAAGACUCUGUAAUUCAAUUUAAUUUAGAUGAAUACCCUCCUGAACUUAAAAAGAAAGUAACUUUAUUGAGUCUUUUUAGGAAUUAUUUAAAAGAACAAAAACAAAAUAAUUAAAUGGAAAAUUUUUAGAAAACUUAAAAUUUCGUAUAUGUAAAAAAAUGGAUGAAAACUAAACAUGCAAUAAUGUUUAGGCUUUCAAAUAAAAUAGUUUAAGUCUCAUUUGUAGAUAAAACGGAAAUAUUAUUAUCUAGUGAGUAAAAGAUGGUCACUUAUCUAGAUAAAAAAGGAAAUAGAAGUAAUUAUCCGUUAGCUACAGCUUUAGAGAAUUAAAAUACGGAAAUGUCUAAAAGGUUAAAGUAUACUAAAGAUAUUCUUACAUAAAUUUUGGAUAAUAAAACUAAAGCCAAGUUAUCUAAUAUUAAUUUAAAUAUGAAUGAUUAUGAAUGA